UGGAAUGAAGUACUGUACUUUUCACUUAAAAGAGAGAGAAAAAAAAGAGGGAAUUUUAUAAAAGAUUAGACGAAAUGAAAAACAAGACUACUUAAGAGUCGGUCUAGCAAGAACCAAAAAUGUAUAGUCCACCGAAAAAUUUGGCCUAUAAAUUUGAUGAAUUCCCACAUUUGUAGGUUCCUUUAGAUUUGCACUUAAAAAACAUUGAAUUUUCUUUAGAUUUGCAUUUUAAACUUUUAAUUUUUUUUUUUCAAUUUUAAUGAUCUGAUAUGUCUCUCAGAUACACUUCCUUUCUCUUUCUUAACCCUUGCUCUUUAUAGCUUUAUACUGUAUCUUUUUUGUACAUUUUGUGUGUGUAUAUAUAUAUUGUUUACAUUUUAAAAAAAAAAAGUUGUAAUCUUUUAGCUGAAUUAUGGGGUUUGUUUGUAUGUAAAUUUCUUUAUUAAUCUGCUACAUAAGUUUGCAGAUCUUGACUUGAUGACCUACAAGAUUUUUAUGUAACGUAUAAAUGGGGAAUUGGGGUUCUUGAAUUUGGCUUUUUUCUUAAUUUUCUUGAAAUAUUUUCCAUUUGGGGUUUUAGAUUAAUUGUAUCUUAACAUUGUUACAAUGUCUAUAAAUAUUUGUCCUUUAGGUUUUUACUUAAGUAUUAGUGUAUAAUUUUUUCUUGCAUAUGAUGCCUAGGACAACUAUAAUGGCUAUAGAGGAACAUAACCAUAGGUGUAGUAAUAGUAGUGGUGGUGGUGGUGGGGGUGGUUCAAGUGGUAGUGGUGGUGGUGGUGCUACUAGUAGAGCUUGUAAAAAAUUGAAACAAAAAAAGAUCCCACAAAGAGGACUUGGUGUUGCUCAACUAGAAAGAAUUAGAUUAGAAGGUGAAGAACAACAUAAAAAAGAUCCAAUUUUUCAAACACCUAGUGUUUUGGUACCAAAAUCAGUUCCUUUUAGGCCGCCAACGAUGGAUCUACCUUCGAAAAAUUGUGUCUUUAGAACAAAUCAGUCUGCCUUAGUUCUUGAUGGUUUUCGUUCGAAGCCGUUACAAUCAUCAAAAUCACUAGGUGAGUUAAGUUGGUCAUCCGUUUCGGGUCCAGGGAGUGGUGAUAAUUGCCCUAAAUUGUGGAGUUGUGAGUAUAGUCCUGAAAGAGAGAGCCAACAGGGAAAUCAAAAUCGCCAUGGUGUUGUUUUCGGGCCUAAUGUAGACUUGCCUAAUGAACUGCAUAACCCGAUUUUGCCUUUGCCUGGUGUGCUGCAAAGAUCACAACAAUAUCAAAUUUCUUGUUCUUCAUCAAUGAUGAAUAUCUCUUCAGGGAUUUCAUCAUCAUCAUCAUCUGUACUAAAUUAUCAGAUGGAGCCCCCUUCAAACCAAAAUUAUUAUUCCUGUAAUUAUGUGCCUCUGUGGCCUGAAGAAGUGAAGAUGGUUGGCAUGAAGAGACCAUAUCCCUUCUCUCCGGAGUUUCCGCCAGUCCCUGCAUUUCACUGCAAAUUUCCUCCUGACUAUGUUAACCUUGCAUCCAGAUCACCUGAAUCAGCAUCUUGCAGUAAUGAAUGUGCAGCCAGUUUGGAAUCAGGAAAUCUGCUCAAAAGAGAAAUUCCUGCAGGAUCACGAACUCUAUCUGAGUCCAAACCAAGAAAUGUUGUCAGACAAAAUAAAGCUCUUAAUGGAGAUUUCCUCACGUUGGCUCCUCCUACAUCUAAUUCAGCCCUUCAGAGUCGAGAUAUAUUUAUAUUGGAAUCAGUAACCUGUCAGGGAGUUGCUGAAGAACCUACAACAAGCUCAGCCCUAAGCAGAUCAGUUGAACAACCCAUCUUUGGAUUCUUCCCAACUGCCAAGGUACAAAUCGACCAAGAAGGAACGAACAAACGCAACUGCCACGUUGAAGUAGGAGGAAACGUUGAUCUCAAUCUGAAGCUAUAGACGUUAGUCCAUUUUUACAUGGUUGUGCUUUUUCCAGGAGAAUUUCUGUAUAUCUCCUGGUGACAUGGCUCGUUGUGUUUCUGCACGGCUUUCCUUCCUCUAUGUGGUAGAAUAGCAUUCCUUCCAAUGAAUGUCCUCACCAAUUAACAUUUGUAGUUAAACGUCGAUUGUAACUUCUGUGAACUGUUAUUGUAUUAUCCAUAUCGAGUUGGAUUAUUUUGGCUAUUAA